GGCGGGGUCAUGCCCACCUAGUGGUGGGCGGUCACGUGGGACUCAGCCGCUGGGGCAUCUGGGCCAAGAUGGCGACAGUGAGGGAGUCCCUGCGGCGAAGAUUGGUGGGCUUGGCGUCCCUCCGGGCUGUCAGCACCUCAUCUAUGGGUACUUUCCCAAAGCAGGUGAAAAUUGUGGAGGUUGGUCCCCGAGACGGGCUACAAAAUGAAAAGAAUAUCGUACCUACUCCAGUGAAAAUCAAGCUGAUAGACAUGCUUUCUGAAGCAGGACUCCCCGUUAUAGAAGCCACCAGCUUUGUGUCUCCCAAGUGGGUUCCUCAGAUGUCUGACAAUGCCGACGUCUUGAAGGGCAUCCAGAAGUUUCCUGGCAUCAACUACCCAGUCCUGACCCCAAAUUUCAAAGGCUUCCAGGCAGCCGUUGCUGCUGGAGCCAAGGAAGUGUCCGUGUUUGGAGCUGCCUCUGAGCUCUUCACCAAGAAGAACACCAACUGCUCCAUCGACGAAAGUUUGCAGCGGUGUGACCAAGUCCUGCAGGCAGCUCGGACCACUGGUAUCCCUGUGCGGGGGUACGUCUCCUGUGUGCUUGGAUGCCCCUAUGAAGGCAAGAUCCCCCCGGCCAAAGUAGCUGAGGUCGCCAAGAAGAUGUACUCAAUGGGCUGCUACGAGAUCUCCCUGGGGGACACCAUCGGCGUGGGCACCCCUGGGAUCAUGAAGGAUAUGCUGUCUGCUGUCAUGCACGAGGUGCCAGUGGCUGCCCUGGCUGUCCACUGCCAUGACACCUAUGGCCAGGCCCUGGCCAACACCUUGGUGGCCCUGCAGAUGGGAGUGAGUGUCGUGGACUCUUCUGUGGCAGGACUUGGAGGCUGUCCCUAUGCCCAGGGGGCAUCGGGAAACUUGGCCACCGAGGACCUGGUCUACAUGCUGGCCGGCUUGGGCAUUCACACGGGUGUGAACCUCCAGAAGCUCCUGGAAGCUGGGACCUUUAUCUGUCAAGCCCUUAACAGAAAAACCAGCUCCAAAGUGGCUCAGGCUACCUGUAAACUGUGAGCCCCAGGCCCACCUGAAGCUCUGGGGACUGUGUGGGAAUAGGGCAUGCGUGGAUGAUUCACGGAUGGACACGUGGAAAUGGGCAUGAAAUUAACAGGGCAGGUACCUCACCACCAGCUCUGCACGGAGGUCUCUUCUGCAAAAAGCAGGCAAGGGACAGGAGCUGUUUGGCCUUAGCGCCCCCUGCCAGACCUGAGUAUGAGUGAGGCUUUGGGAUUCUGGAGGCCUCCCUUCACCAUGGACCCCAAGUCCAGGAGUUGAAUCUCUGAGGGCACUUGGGAACCCAGUUCCCUGGCUUGGGUUGAUCCUGUAGUCUCAUCUCGGUGAAAUUUGUCAGCUGGUUACUCUACACAGCUCAACUCUGCCAUGGACUUGGGGCCAUUGCUCUCUUACCUUGUAGGGCAAAGGGGCAUGGAGGGGUUUUUCCCCAAGCUGGCAAAGGGCAUUUGCUGAAUGGAGACAGGUUGAGCUUCUGUGGUGGCCACCUGCCAACUCCAACCCCUCUGGAAAAUCUCCACUUUGAACAUGAUUUAUGAAAUACAGCUAUGUAAUUAAAGGCUUAAUGAUACAGAACCAUUCUAGUAUUCUGUCC